AUGGCUGACGAGCAAGCUACUCAAAGAAAGAGAACUUUCCGUAAGUUUACCUAUCGUGGUGUUGACCUUGAACAACUCUUGGAUUUGUCUUCUGAACAAUUUAUGGAACUUGUUCACUGUCGUGCUCGCAGAAGAUUCCAACGUGGUCUUAAGCGCAAGCCUAUGGGCCUCAUUAAGAAGCUCCGUGCUGCCAAGAAGAACGCCCCCGCUGGUGAAAAGCCCGAAGUUGUCAAGACUCAUCUCCGUAACAUGAUCAUCGUUCCCGAAAUGAUCGGUUCCAUCGUUGGUAUCUACAACGGUAAGACCUUCAACCAAGUUGAAAUUAAGCCUGAAAUGGUUGGCCACUACCUCGGUGAGUUCUCCAUCACCUACAAGCCCGUCAAGCACGGUCGUCCUGGUAUUGGUGCUACUCACUCUUCCAAGUUCGUUCCUCUUAAGUAA